GCGCGCUCUCCCCCAGCCCGGGCGGGCGCCGGGAGGUGGGCAGGGCCGGGGCGGGGGCGAGGCCGGAGGAGGGCGCGGCGGCGCCUCGGCGAGGAUGGGAGUCCCCGGCCUCAGAAGCUGAGCGAGCCUGCGCGCGGCGGGGAGGGCGCUCCGGAGGGAGGCGAGCCUCGCUGUUCCUCCGGGAGCCCAACACCGUUCCCGCGCCGCCACGAUGAUCCCCCCGAGCGGCGCCCGCGAGGACGGCGUGGACGGGCUGCCCAAGGAGACGGCGAGCGCCGAGCAGCCGCCCUCUCCUGCAUCCACCGGCAGUCAGGAAUCCAAGCUCCAGAAACUAAAACGAUCACUUUCUUUCAAGACCAAGAGUUUACGGAGCAAAAGUGCUGACAACUUCUUCCAGCGAACCAACAGCGACGUGAAGCUGCAGGCAGACGUGCUGGCGGAGGUCAGCCCCAGCUCCAGCCCGCUCCCUGCCCCCGGAAGCCUGACCUCCACACCCACCAGGGCCGGCCUGUACCCCAGCGGUGGCGGCAAGGCCCAUGCCUUUCAGGAGCACAUCUUCAAGAAGCCCACCUUCUGUGACGUCUGCAACCACAUGAUCGUGGGAACAAACGCUAAGCACGGACUGCGCUGCAAGGCCUGUAAGAUGAGCAUCCACCACAAGUGCAUGGAUGGCGUGGCACCCCAGCGGUGCAUGGGCAAGCUGCCAAAGGGGUUUCGGCGUUACUACAGCUCCCCCUUGCUCAUUCAUGAACAGUUUGGAUGCAUUAAAGAAGUUAUGCCCAUUGCCUGCGGCAAUAAGGUGGACCCUGUGUAUGAGACCCUCCGCUUCGGCACCUCGCUGGCCCAGAGGACGAAGAAGAGCAGCUCAGGCAGCGGCUCCGACUCGCCUCACAGAACCUCGACUUCAGAUCUCGUGGAGGUUCCCGAAGAGGCUGACGGGCCAGGAGACGGGUAUGACCUGCGGAAGCGGAGCAACAGUGUGUUCACGUAUCCAGAAAAUGGCACCGACGAUUUCAGAGACCAAGCAAAGAACAUAAACCACCAGGGACCUCUUUCCAAAGACCCAUUACCGAUGAACACCUAUGUUGCCUUGUACAAAUUUGUACCACAAGAGAAUGAAGAUUUGGAAAUGAGGCCAGGAGACAUGAUUACUCUUCUAGAGGACUCUAAUGAAGACUGGUGGAAAGGGAAAAUUCAAGACAGAAUUGGCUUCUUUCCAGCCAACUUUGUUCAGAGAGUACACCAAAAUGAGAAGAUUUUUAGAUGUGUUAGAACCUUCAUUGGGUGUAAGGAACAGGGGCAGAUAACACUGAAAGAGAAUCAGGAUGUCCAGAAACACGUGUGAAAGCAGUGGUGAUGUAGCUGAUACUGCUGAGGAACCGAAGGAAUUCAUGCCACAGGAAGUGACGAGGGGGUUUUCUUUAUCUGAGGAGGCACUGUUAGCUUUUGACAUGCAGGACCCGAACAUAGAAUGGUCCGCGAAGGUGGAAGCAGCUGUUCAGAAUGCAGUCCAGUGCUUCUGUGUCGUCUGCGAUGAGGAAAAAAGAACUACUUCCCAGACAUCGCUGGAUCAUGUUUUUCAAGAGGGUAGAUAGAAUUGAAUCCAGCAAGAAACCAGAACCAUCAGGGUCAGGUGUGAGCGAAAUUGCAGCUUGCCCUCCGUUUUCUAUUGCUGACGAUCCUUCGGCUCUACCAUCUCCCACCUUCUCUCCCUCCUCUAGUCAGUAACUCCUCUUACCUGUUUACGCAGUGCCGACUGCUGCACUGUACUGCUGUGCUUUUCAAGGUACUGUCCUGUAAAAGUGUCUUCUUUAUUUUUUGUGUUUCUUUUUUACGUGUUAUUUGCAUGGGAAGUAUCGGGUUGGCCCCAACGUUCCUUUUGUUUUUUUCAUAAGUUGGCGCUAGUAGUGCUUAGUGGUCUUUCACUUCAUUCAAAACAAUUUUGUUGGAUUGUAUAGUGUGACAUCUGUCGUGUCAGUGUGCAUUUUUUUAAAAAAUCAAAAUUGGUGAAUUUUUGUGUAGCAUUUUUAUAUUGAAGAUGGAAGUAAAAAGCAACAUUAUCAGCAUAUUAUGCUUUAUUAUUUCAAGAAAGAUAAAACCACGAUUGAAAUGCAGAAAAAGAUUUGUGCACUGUAUGGAGAAGAUGCUGUGACUGAUCAAAAGUGCCAAAAGUGCACUUUUGCACUUUUCAUCCUAGAGAUACCUCACUAGACAAUGCUCCACAGUCAGGUAGAGCAGUUGCAGUUGAUAGUGAUCAGAUCGAGACAUUAACUGAGAACAGUUAACGUUACACCACUUGGGAGAUAGCCAACAUACACAAAAUAUCCAAAUCUAGCAUUGAAAAUCAUUUGCACCAGCUUGGUUAUGUUCAUUGCUUUGAUAUUUGGGUUCCACAUAAGUUAAGUGAAAAUAACCUUCUUGACCAUAUUUCCACAUAUGUAACAAAAAUGUGUUCCAUUAACAAAUUGUGAGGAGCAAUGAAGUGGGUCCUGUACAAUAAUGUAGAAUGGAAGAGAUAGUGAACCACCACCAACCACACCUAAGGCUGCUCUUCAUUCAAAGAAGGUGAUGUUUUGUAUAUGGUGGGUUGGAAGAGACUCCUCUGUUAUGGGCUCCUCCAAGAAAAAGAAACAAUUAAGUCCAAGUACUGCUCCCAGUUAGACAAAAUGAAAGCACCACUUGAUGAAAAGCAUCUGAAAUUAGGCAACAGAAAACUCAGUCUCCCAACAGGAUAAUGCAAGACUGCACAUUUCUUUGAUAACCAGGCAAAAACUGUUACAGCUUGGCUGGAAAGUUAUGAUUCAUCUGCUGUAUUCACAAGACACUGCACCUUCAGAUGUCUAUUUAUUUCAGUCUUUACAAGAUUCUCUUAAUGGAAAAAAAGUUCAGAUCAUGGAAAGACUGUAAAAGGCACGUGGAAUAGUUCUUUGCUCAAAAAGAUAAAAAGUUGGGAAGAUGGAGGCAGA